GACGUCUCCACGCACUGUACCGCCCCUUGCUUGUGAGCGGCCAGUAGCGGAAGUUCCGCUCCGUCGUGAACUGGGACAGCAAAGCGCACCUCUUACAGUGUAUGUGUGGCAACAACAUGUCUGUGCCGCUGCUCGCCGAGGCUGUGACGGUGUCUGGGGUGGAGAAGGAGACCGCGGCGGUGAUCUUCCUUCAUGGUUUGGGAGACUCAGGGCAUGGGUGGGCGGAUACUUUGACUGGGAUCCGGCUGCCUCACGUCAAGUUUAUCUGCCCCCACGCGCCCCCCAUUCCCGUUACACUCAACAUGAAGUCGAUGAUGCCCGCGUGGUUUGACCUCAUGGGUCUCAGCCCCGACUCUCCAGAGGACGAAUCUGGAAUCAAGAAGGCAGCAGAAAACAUCAAGGCCAUAAUCGAGCACGAGGCCAGAAAUGGGAUCCCUCCAAACCGUAUAAUACUUGGCGGUUUCUCUCAGGGUGGGGCCUUGUCCUUGUAUACCGCCUUGACCUGCCAGCACCAGUUGGCUGGUGUUGUGGCCCUCAGCUGCUGGCUUCCACUUCACAGGAGUUUCCCAUCGGCGUCAAGCGGCAAUAAGAACCUCCCAAUCCUGCAGUGCCACGGUGAGAUGGACGCCAUGAUCCCUGUGCAGUUUGGUGCCAUGACGGCAGAAAAACUCAAAUCCAUAGUCAACCCUCAAAUGAUUACCUUUAAAACCUUCCCAGGGCUCCCUCACAGCUCCUGUCCUCAGGAGAUGGCAGCUGUAAAGGAAUUUAUCGAGAAGCUUUUGCCCCGGAUCUGACCUCACCUCAUCCCCACUGUGACCCCCUUUGAGACACUGACCUUUCACCCCUUUUCUGCCAUUCUCCCACAGGAAACAGCCAUGAGCACCCCCUCCCACACACAUCCACGAGACGGCAAACAUACACGAACACGCACAUAUUUAGUAACGAUGAUAACGAUGAUUUGACCCACACUGCUAAACCAACCAAAUGCUUCUCCUGCGGUCCAGCAACACUCAUACUGUUAACAGAUUUGUCAAACACACUGAUUUGAAGUGCUUGCAUUCACACGUCUUAGCCUUCAGAGGGAGAAACACUGAAAACUCAAACAUUAAAUUCCUGUUUGGCUUCCGUUUUUCAACUUCUGUCUGUUGCCUCAUUCUCAUUUCCCCUCAUUUUUACAUCAUUUAGCUUCUCACUCAUUGCUACACUUAUCCUUCUGGCAUUGCUGUGUGACUUUGUAAAUCAAGAUUAACACAGAGCAAAUAAGCAGGUUAGCACUCGCCUGCAAACACACUGCUGUUUAAAGGUGCAGUCAGACCAGAUUAUCCAUCCUAAUUCUUUUUCCUGCAGUUUGACGUGCCUUCUUAGCUUCACAGGUGGAGUCGCGUGAAACUUUAAUAUGUGAUAGCUCUCAAGGUGCAUGAGUUUGAGGAAAAAAAAGGUGGAUUUGGCUUCUUAUUCAUUCUUGCUUUAUGACUACAGCCUAAAAGUUGGGUGCAUGAACAUAAGCAGUAGAAACACAAAUAAAAUGCAGCAUAAUCUACAAGCUUGUAGAGGCCUGCCAUGUAAUUGCCCAUUUGUUUAUGCUUGCAAUCCUACCCGCCCUGUCUCCUGAACCCUUCUGUUAUCUGGUCUGACUGCAGCUUCACACCAGUGUUGGGUACCCAACAGAGUUUGACUCGGGGAUAGUGAGCGCCAACCCAUCCUUUCCAAUCAUGACUGCGGCCUGUCCAGGUCUUGCAUCGUUAACAGCAAUGGCUCUUUUUACUGAAUCUUGCACACAAGGCUGCCAUGCUGCUUCUUUCUUCUUCUUUUUUUUAAAUAAAUGUGAUCAAACAUCAUGGAAGUAUAUGAUCAGAGUCCAACAGAAAUAAAGCUAAUCAGUGGAUACUUGUGCUACCCUGUGCUGUUUCUUUCAAAGCGUGCACACCUGCAGGUUGAUCUGCUUUCUAUGUAUCUGUAUGUGAAAGUACCUCAGUUUGUUCCUUUAGGCCUAAAGGCGAAUGACUGAUGAUGGCUGCAAACCUGCACAGACUGCACACCAUGACUGGUUUCAGCAGCAGUUCACCCCACUAACAGCCGCCGCCUCCUCCUCCUCAUGAAUUCCUGUUGAUUUCCACUAUUUAUUUGCUUUAAACCUCUGGUAAAACACACUUCCUCUACAUUUUCUUCCAUAACACCAACACAGUCUCGCUCCCUCCUUUGGGUCCCCACUAAUAAAACAUGGAAAGGUCAGCAACACUAUUAUAUUCCACUUUAGAAAAUAAUGGCUAUACAAAGGGAGCACUUUGGCAAGAAAAUGGUCCAACAUAAUUGAAGGGUGAAAAAAAAAUUAAGGUUAAUCUUUGAACAACUUGUGAUCUUUGGACAUAGGAGUGUAACUCUGAGGAGUCGUGUGUGUGCUUAAACAUAUAUAUAUAUCAGGUGUUUUACAGUUUUUCCUUUGUGAAUAUUGAUUUUGCUCUCUUCUUAAUUUCCUGUUCUGCUGUAUCGCUGUUCCCAACCUGAUUUUAAAACAAAAAACCAGUAGAGAAGGACGAAAGGCAUCUGUUUUGAUUGUUGUUCACAACUCGAUGAAUGUGUCUCUCAUCUCCUCGACUCCUUGUGUAUUUUUCUUAUUUUUUUGCUCUAAUGCGGUCCGUUAUCUUCUCUUUGAUGUGUUUGCCAUUUUUUCUUUCAUCAUUCCACUUGUUCCUCUCGUCUCGUGUCUUUUCUCCUGGGUUGUAUUGUUGUGGUUUGUUUUUUUUUAACGUUGUGUUUUGUCACUGUUGUCAUCUCAUCCUUUUUUGUGUUGGUUUAUAAUGAUGAGCAUUAAGGAAACGUGUUCAGGUGAGGCUGAGGUGGUCUCUCCUUUUUUUUUGUUUGUUUCCAAAACACCUGUAUGCGUAAUAAAAAAAAAAGAAAAAAGUC